CUGUGCGACACAUGCGCAAUAAUAACAAAAUGGUUAUUAAUUAUUAAACCGAUUUGACCAUGUACAUACUAUCGAAAAUUAAAAUAAACAUGACUUAGACAUGUUGGGAAAAUUUGCUUUUUGGACCAGAAUGUUCUUCUGAUCCAACUGAAAACGGAAAAUUUAUUAACAGUUGACUAAUAUGGAAUUAUGGGUUAAUUUGUGUACACAAUCUUCUAUUGUUCAUUGUUUUCUUCAUUAUCCAUAAUAAUGCCAGGUGCAAGGAGGGGCCUCGUGGCUCCACAAAAUACGUUUUUGGAAAACAUUAUUCGGCGAUCAAAUGGACAGCACAGCAGUUUUAUUUUGGCAAAUGCGAGGAUCAUGGACUACCCUAUUGUGUACUGUAACGAUGGAUUCUGUAAACUUGCUGGUUAUAGUAGAGCAGAAGUCAUGCAGAAAAGUAGCACAUGCAGUUUUAUGUAUGGUGAACUCACGGAUAAAGAUACAGUCAUUAAAAUUGAAGAAUCUUUUGAGGAGUUGGAACAAACACAAGUCGAAGUUCUCCUUUACAAGAAAAAUAGAACUCCAUUGUGGUUGCUACUUCAUAUUGCACCAAUUAAGAACGAAAAAGAUCAGAUAGUUUUAUUCCUGUGUACAUUCAAAGAUAUAACUGCUCUUAAACAGCCAAUAGACGAAGAUGGAGCUAAAGGACUUAGCAAAUUUGCUCGGUUAGCCAGAUCAGUAACUAGAAACCGUUCUACAUUAUUACAGUUUUCAUCCCACAUGCCAAACACGAAAUUUGAUAACUCUAGACCAUCUCAAAUAGCCAAUAUGAUGAAUUUAAAUGCUGAUGUUUUACCACAGUAUCGACUAGAGGCUCCCAAGACGCCACCACAUAUCAUUCUUCAUUACUGUUUAUUUAAGACAAUAUGGGAUUGGAUGAUUCUCUUGUUGACGUUUUAUACCGCAGUGACAGUACCGUAUAAUGCAGCCUACCGAAACAAAACAAUGGACCAAGUACCGUUGCUGGUUGUUGACAGCAUCGUCGACGUUGUGUUCUUUGUCGAUAUCAUUCUAAAUUUCCAUACCACAUUCGUAGGCCCCAGUGGAGAAGUGAUAUCCGAUCCAAAAAUUAUUCGUAUGAAUUAUCUGAGGAGCUGGUUUGUCAUUGAUCUUCUAUCGUGUUUACCCUAUGACGUAUUUAACGCAUUCGAAUACGUAGAUGAACGCAUCAGUACAUUGUUCAGUGCAUUAAAAGUCGUCCGUCUUCUGCGUUUAGGAAGAGUAGUGAGAAAACUAGACCAUUAUCUGGAAUAUGGAGCUGCUAUGUUAGUUUUGCUCAUCCUCGUUUUCAUUUUGUUUGCUCACUGGUUUGCAUGUAUUUGGUAUUCAAUUGGUCUAGGGGAACUUGGUGAUGGUAUAGAAUAUGGAUGGCUGACAACACUUAGCACCGUGACAAAUCAACCAUUUAUACAGUCAAAUACGUCAGCAACAACUGAAUUUGGUGGAGGACCUUCAAAAACUAUGCGAUAUCUUACUGCCUUGUACUUUACUCUAUCAUGCAUGACUGGUGUAGGAUUCGGGAACGUUAAUGCUGCAACAGAAAACGAAAAGCUGUUCUCAAUUUUCAUGAUGAUUAUUGGAGCCUUGCUCUAUGCAACCAUUUUCUCAAACGUAACAACAAUAUUUCAACAGUUCUACGCAAACUUUGCUCGUUAUCAUGACAUGCUCAAUAGUGUCCGAGAGUUCAUGAAAUUACACGAUGUCCCUAAAGCCUUAAGUGAGCGUGUGAUGGACUAUAUUGUGUCUACUUGGGCUAUCACAAAAGGAAUAGAUGCUACUAAGGUUUUGAAUUAUUGUCCUAAAGAUAUGAAGGCUGAUUUAUGUGUGCAUCUCAAUCGGAAGGUGUUUCUAGAGCAUCCAGGGUUUAGACUGGCAAGUGACGGGUGUUUAAGAGCUCUAGCUAUGCACUUUAAUAUGACCCAUAGCGCACCAGGAGAUUUAAUUUUUCAUCAAGGAGAAAGUUUGGAUGCCCUAUGUUUUGUUGUGUCCGGGUCCUUAGAAGUGAUUCAAGACGAUGAAGUAGUUGCUAUAUUAAGCAAAGGUGACGUAUUCGGGGAUAAUUUCUGGAAGGAACAAUCUAUUGGACAGUCAACAGCUAAUGUUCGUGCACUCACAUAUUGUGACCUCCACACCAUUAAACGAGGGCGCUUAUUAGAAGUUUUGGAGUUUUAUCAUGCGUUUGCCAAUUCUUUUGCACGGAAUUUAACCCUUACAUAUAAUUUAAGACAUAGGUUAAUAUUCAGAAAAGUUGCCGAUGUAAGGAAAGAAAAGGAACUUGCUGAAAAGCGAAAGAAUGAUCCUCCCCUAGAGUUAUCAAGUGAUCAUCCAGUUAGAAAACUGAUUUCUAGAUUUAGAAAAAUAAGUGAUACAAAAGGAAUGCAAGUUUUGUCUGACCUUGAAAGGGGGAAAGAGACACCUGACAACUCUGACAAACCUAGAGGGUUCACUCGGUUAAUAAAUGUUACAGAGGGAUCAACUGAAACAGCCCCGCCAGCUAAGUUAGGAGGGGGUGCUUCCAAAUGGGGGAAAUUUCUAAAUGGUGGGCCACAUGAGUUAACAUCUGAUGAUAAUCAAAAUAUUGUGGCGACACAGAUUGAUAGAGAUAAAGAAAAGGAUAAGGAAGAUGGCAUGAAAACACCCUCCGAGGCACCUAAAGCUACAGUAAAACCAUUGUCAAAAUUUGGCAAACUACUAUUGAAGAGGGGAAAUGAUUCAAUUCCAGAGGAAGAUGAUGAUAAAGAAAAGAAACACGAGAAAACACAAUUACAAAAAUCGGCUUCUGGUGAUAGUGGUGUAGCUCGAAGUAAUUUAAGAAUAGAUACGAUAUAUCAUGAUAGCAAUGAAGCAAUUUCUUCUCAGAGAGACUCUAUAGGCAACUUAUCUGUUGGUGAGAGACAAGUAUUAACAUCACUUUAUGAUAUUCAAUUAGACUUGAAAGAAGAAAUGGAGUUUUUACACAAUAAGAUAUCAAGAAUAGACGAUCAGUUAGCGGAAAUAAUAAGACUAUUUUCUCCCCGUUCAACACCUUAUUCACAUAGUUCGGUAUAUCCAGACUCUAAAACAACUUCCCCGAAAAAUACUUCAACGCAUAGUAUUGAUCAAUCGUCUGCCGAAUCCUCACCGAAACGUAACGUUAUAGUUCCAAAAACAGUGAAAACGUCCAUUGAUUCAUCAACCGGUCCUCAGUCUUCUAAAUCAUCUGUAGCUUCUGUUCCGGAAAAAAAUUCAGAUUCAUCGGGCAGUCCAUCUAGGUCAUCCUUUGGUCGUAAGUCCAUUAUUCAAUUAUCACAAGAACCUUAUCUUAAUUUAGAUACUGCACGAUCAAGGUCUACUUCCGGUGCUUCGUCUCCAUUAUCAACAUUCCAUGCGCAUGAAUCUGAACAGGCAGAGUCACGUGAUGGUGAUACAUCGUGUGGUACUUCUGAUCACAGUGCAAGUAUAGCAACAAUGGCCGACGAUGUUUUGAAACUAAAUCAUCAUUCAAAACUUUCAAAAAUUAGUCCAAAAAGAUCUCGAACAAAACCGGGACAACAGCUUAAAUAUAGCUCAAAUUUUAUAAGCAAUGCACACCAGCAGCAGCAGCAGCAGGCUGGAAAUAAAGACACGGAUAGCAAUAGAAACUCGCCACAUACAGACAUAUUAAAAUCAUAUCAUUUAUCUAGUGAUGACGACGGCAGUCAUAUAAAAGAUAGAGACUUGGAUAUAUUAUAGACAGAGUUUGAUCGACAUUCUUGGUUGAAAGAUAUAGACUUGGAUAUAUUAUAGACAGAGUUUGAUCGACUUUCUUGAGGGCUUUCAUAGAUAGAUUAUUGAUUGUUGCAAUAGAGUUCGUUAUUAUUUUAGAAAGUAAGACUUUUACAUACAAAGUACAUUAAAGGAGUUGUUUGAUUAACGAUUGACAAAUACGUCAAUGUUAGAUUUGGAAUCAGGAUAGUUUCAAUGUGUUUGUCUCGACUAUUGGCGAGGUAUUGACUGACAUUACGUAUGCGUUGAACUGAAAUUUUUAAUAUGAAUACCAUAAUUUCUAAAGUUGUUGAUACUAUUGUGUUCGCAAUGAGACGAUUAAUGCGUACACAUAUUCUUUAUUGUUAUUGUAGUAAUUUUUCUUGUUUAUCUUAUUCUUACCCUUUCGUCAUAAAUUUGUUAAAGUAAAAGAUAGAAAGUAGUCAUCCCAUCAGAUUAAAAACAGUAGAGCAUUAUUCUUACAGCUUUUCUUAUCGCUCAUAAAAAAUAUAAAUUCAGGAUUUUAGCAUUUAUUUUGGUAUUUGUGAUCUAAAAAAUAAAAGUCAGUGCAAAAUAUUUAAUCUGGCAAUAAUCCAUUGUUUUGUUUACAACAUUAAAUAACAAAAAAUCACAUCCAGAAUAUAAUGCAACAUAGUUCAUAAUAAAUUCAUACGAAUAAAAAAGUAAGCCAAUGUACUACAGAUAUGUAUUAUGACGUUAAGUCUUUAUAGUAACCAUGUCCUAUUCCAAGUUUUCUAAGAUAGUUUAUCUUUUACUUAUUUCAAAAUAUAUGAUAAAGGCAAUAAUAAGUACGAAAAUUCAAAUUUUCUAUUUUCUAGAAUUUAUAAUAUGAAAAUCAAUGAAAUCAGUGUCAUUUGUUUUCAAUUACAAUCAUCAAAGUUACCCGAGGAACUAAUGACAUUUUGAAUGUCUUAACUUUAGAGGAGCGAAGUAUUCUGAUAUUUUUUUUAGUAUCUUGAAAUGUUUUAUGAGUUAUGUACAGUAAAAUGUAUUUAAGAUUUUAUGUUUUAAAGGUCGUUAUAAAAACAUAUCACAAAAGAAUCUCAAAAUGAAAAUGUAAUUAUUCACUUGUUACAUAAGAACGUCUUUAUGAACAACUAUACUGGCACUGGGUCGAUACCAAUGGCAGUGAAGUGUUUGUUAGUCACUCAGAGUGAACAUCAUCUGCUAAGUAGUCAAUGGCAUGAUCAAAACUUUACUUUUCUAUUUGAUCAAUUAGGAAAUUACAACAUUACAAAACGGUUCUAAAUCCCUAAGGCUAAACCCUAUGCGAUUUGUUUUCUUUGCGGGUCUACGUUUUUUUGUGUACAUCCAUGGAUUUCAAAUAUUUGGGUUUAAAGAUAGAUAAAUCCAGAACAGCGCUUCGGACGAAGGACUUUUAUAUAGUAUUAUAUGCAAUUGUUACAAAAACUGAUAAGUGUUUUGCUUUCUAAAGAAUUGUAUGUGUGUGUGGUGCAAUGCACUUCGAACAAAAACAAGGCAUGUAGCUCGUGCCAAUUUAAUUCUGUUUGUUUUCAUCAGAUAAAAUAAAUGUGGCAGAUAUGCAAAGAAUAUCAUGGCAAACUGCAUUAUUAUGUUGAUUGACACAACACUAUUCAUAUAUAACAGUGGAAAUUUAAAAAAGAUAGAAAUAUUCUAGAUAAAAAUCAUGCAUCAUGACGAUUGAUCUUCUGGCGUAAAUUUCUAAAACAAUGAAAUGCUUUAACACACAUAAUAUGCACAUACAAUACUCUAAGAUUAGAACUCCUAAAUACAUAGACUUAUAAUGUCAUAUUUAUGUCGUACAUGACAUUUCUAGUCUGAUUUUAGUACAAUUUUAAAGUAAGACAGUAUUUGGAUAGAGUUGAAUUAAGUUCCUUUAAAAUGUGAUGAUAUCGAUUGUUUAUAAGUGCGUGUAUUCCACUAAAUAGUAUGCUCGCGUCACCGUGAUUACAAAAUUGUUCACUUUGCAGUGUUUUCGUUUUUCUUUAGGGUUAAAUGAUAAGGUCACCCCCUCUUCCCAAGAAUUAACACUCGUUCCUGUGUGUCUAUAUCCUUGCACCCCACACAAACAUGUUCCCCAAUAUUGGUAUUGAAAUAAGCUGAGUGCCCUAAAAAUAAGACGAUUGUUACUUUGAUAGAGAUAUUAAUUGUACCAAGUGCAAUUUACACAACGUUUUGAACCAAUACGACAAACAUGUCGCAAUAUCUUAUAUUGUUUUUAAAGAGACAUCAGUUUUAUCGUUGCUUAUUUUCUUUUUUAAUCAUUUCAACUGAUAUCAUAAAUUUUAAUCUUACAUUUACAUUAAAUUGCAAUUGAGUAUUUGAAUUACGCUGCUAUAAACAUACCUGUACUCACUCAUUUCAGUGCAUGCCUUGCUUUACAACACCUUUCUGUUUGAUUCGAAAACAGCUUUAUUACUGAAAUAAAGUAAACGUUAGUCAUAAAAUUAUCUGGUUUGUUUCCUAAUGAAUUUAACAGAAUAAAGUACUGAUGUAUAUUAAGUUAAUUGCUUUUGAAAUGUUCAGAAUAUAUUAAUGUUUAUGUAUGAAUCCACUCUCUAUUAAUUGUUCUGCACACUGCAAGGACUAUAGUCCGAACAAUAACAAUUAGUGUAUCUUUCAUUCUAUUUUUUAAAUAAAGAUUGUUUACGCUUAUUUUAUAAAACAUUGUGUCCUUUGUAUAUAAUGCACAUUCCAUAUCUAUUGUAUUUUUGCUAUCUUUAAUGAAUUGUUAAACAUUGUAUCAACUCAAACAAUUGUGAUUUUAACAUUCAAACAUAUCUUUCACCAAUAUCAUGUUAUUUAUUGUUAUUUAAUCAUUACAAAUUUUACUUUUUCAUCGUUAUAUUGAAUGAAAAUAUGAUUUUUAUCCCAAA